UUCAUUUGAAUUAAACACUAUUGAACGGUAACCCUAAUCCACCUUCAUUCCGUCUUCCCAUUCAAUUUCCAACCUAAUUCUCUUUCCAUUUAUUUUUCUCUUCACUCCAUUAAGUAAUUCAAUUUCUCACGCCUUCUUAAUUUAGCUUCAAUUCAUUUUUUCUAUUGUUUCCCAGAUUUUUUUUUCGAUUACACCUUUAUUUUGGUUUGCUAUUUUUGUUUCAUGCAAUUUGAUGUUGAAAAUAUGGAAAUUUCUGAUAGCAGAAGAAAUUCAUUCUCAGAGCUAGAAAACAUAAACACCCAAUUCACAAAUGGUGAUGCUAAUUGUGAUCAUAUCAGUUAUAAAGGUGAUUGUGGUGAACCCAGAAUUUUAAAUCAUGAAAAAGAGUCUUUUCAUGAAUUAUCUUCUGAUGCACCAGGCAUGUUUGAUGCUUGUUCUGAAUCAAGUGAUCAUUCAAUUGGUAUUAUACCCACUUUUACAAACAAGCCUUCUAUUGUUAGCUUAAAGAAUGUGCUUGUUGGGGCAAUUUCUAUUUUGACUCAACUAAACAAAACAUCGAAAACCACUGAUAAUCAGUCCCUGUCUAGUAGUUCUGAUGUAUUGUUCCUUGGCAUUGGAGAGAAUGGUGAUACUGUCAUUGACUCCUCCGUGUAUACGCCAAGUGCUCCCCCUCCUCCGGUUGGGAUUGAUUAUGGUGCCUAUAAAGAGGUGCUAGAAGCUGAACCGCCGGAGUGGCUACCUGAUAGUUCUAGUUCUGGUUGCAUGAAGUGUAGUGCUCUAUUUACCGUGCUUACUCGUGGAAGGCAUCAUUGCCGGUUUUGUGGUGGUAUUUUCUGCCGGGUGUGUACAAAGGGGAAGUGUUUGUUGCCGGUUGGCUUUAGGGAAAGGAAUCCGCAGAGGGUUUGUGAUGCUUGCUAUGAGAAGCUUGUUCCUGUGCAAGGUUUUCUUAUCGAUACUGUUAGUAAUGCUGUGCAGGUUGCAAAGCAUGAUGUAAUGGAUUGGACUUGUUCUAGAGGGUGGCUUAAUCUUCCUAUUGGUUUGUCUAUGGAGGAUGAGAUAUACAAAUCAUCUAAUACUUUGAGAAGCUACUGCAAGGUGGCCAGAUCCAAUCCUGAGAGGUCAAUCCCUUUAGCCAUUCUUACCGAAGCGAAAGGGCUUGCAAUUUUAACCAUUGCGAAAGCCGGUGCAUUGCUCUCUUACAAACUGGGUACUGGUUUGGUUGUUUCUAGAAGGUCAGAUGGAUCUUGGUCAGCACCAUCAGCAAUAUUCUCCCUAGGUUUAGGAUGGGGUGCUCAGAUUGGUGGUGAACUUGUGGACUUUAUAAUUGUGCUUCGCGAUAUCAAGGCUGUGAGGACAUUUUGCAGUCGCGUGCAUUUUUCUAUUGGUGCUGGUUUUAGUGCUGCUGCAGGGCCUAUUGGAAGAGUGCUUGAAGCAGAUAUUCGUGCUGGUGACAGAGGUUCUGCCAUGUGUUAUACUUAUAGUUGCAGUAAAGGUGCAUUUGCGGGUGUGUCAUUGGAGGGAAAUAUAGUUGCAACCAGGAUGGAUACCAAUCUGCGCUUUUACGGCAGUUCUUAUCUCACAACAUCUGACAUUCUUUUAGGGAUGGUGGACAAGCCGGAGGCUGCCGAGCCAUUGUAUGUCUCUCUUCAAGACUUGUAUUCCAGUCUACGCCACUAGUUUCUAUUUAGUCCAGACACAUCAGGACAAAUACUUGUCUGAUUUUUGAGACUGAUAUGACAUCAACAGAUGUAGUCACAUUCAAACACUUUCAUUUUCGUUUUCUUAAAAUGUUACUGUUGUCUACUCGUCAUUGUCGUAUGAGGUGUCUACUUUUUUAAAUUGUACCCAUCAUUCAUUCUUCCAUCUGUU